AUUUCAUUAAAUCUCAGUUCGAUGUAAUAAAUUUUUAAGAACUAUGACAAUAAAGUAAUAAUGAAAACAAUGAAAUGAACAAAUUCUCAAUAAUAGCGAGACAUUUAUACAAAAUCUAAUGAUUUUACCAUUUUUACUAAGAAAAUUAAAAAUUAAUCUAUUAAAAUAACAAAUUCCAAACAUUAAAAUGAAUAAAACUAACAUUCUUAUUAGACCACUGGAAAAUGUACAAUUUUUAUCUAUUACAAAUUUAAUUAUUGUACUGGGAGAUUUAUUGCAAAACGAUACAGAAUUUUCUGUACUUGAGGAUAAAUUCGAACCAAUUCCAAUUGUCAAUUAUCUUUGUGAAUUUCUGGAUAAAAAUAUUCAAAAGGAAAAUAAAAUAUUAGCUCUAGGACAUAAAUUAUUGCAAGAAACGGACUUAUAUGGAUCCAAAUUAAACGAAACUCUUGAUUUGAAGUUCGUUAAUGCUGUUUUAAAUCAUAUUAUUGAAAACACUGUAUUUUCAAAAUUUGGCAAUACUUUUGGAUACUUGUCCGCAAUAGUUAAUUCAGCAAAUGAUCUAAGGAUAAGAUCGGUAAAAAAAAGAAUUAUAAAAAAUCUUCAUCAGCAAAUAUUUCUGAGCGAUAAUGGAGCAUUUUUUACCCUCUCUAAUACAACCAUCGCGAGAAUAACAAAAAAUAUUAUCUUUCCACUAUUCCCCAAACCAAAAAAGAAUAUGAAAAUUAUUCAUUUCAAAUACAUAUACGCUCAAGCUGGAUGGUUAUUUUUACAAAAUGUUGAAAAAAACAUUCGUAAAAUCACAUUUUCUAAAUUAAUUCAACUGGCACUAAAUGUACAACAAGAAGUUAUGCAAGGUAACAUAGAUCCAAGUGCGCUGCAAAUUUUUCAACUACCUGCACUAUUGUACUAUACUCAUCACAAGAAACAUGGAAUUAAGAGAAAAAAUUUAAAAAGCAUUAUGGUAAGCACAAUUUUUUGGCAAAAAGUAUAUAGACGAUUUUUUGCAGAUUUGAAUGUCACAAUUGAAAAAAUGAGUAUUUUCCAUAAACGAAAUCCAUCUUUUCAGUUUCAAACAGCAUUUGCCAAUUUUCAAAAUCGAACUGCUUUGGCAGAGACUAUUUUGCGUAAAAAUUGUCCAAAUAUAACUAAUUAUAAAAGCAAAAUUAAUGAUUACAAAAAUAAUCCAACGGAUUAUUAUUGUAAUAAGCAACUACUGCCAAACGUUAAUGAAAUAUUCUUUAAACAAAAUAGAAUCAUUGCCGAAAAGUAUUACUACUAUGAAAAGCAUUUAAUUAACCAUGUAUUUGAUGAGGAUUUAAAAAAAUUUAUCGAUCAAACAAACGUGACAAUUAAACCGAUUAAAGAUUUUUGGAAUAAUCAGUGUUUCAGAUGUGCUAUCCUCUCGGGUAGACCGAUACUAAGUGAUGGAAUAGAUUUAUUUCAAAUUAGCGACGGAGGAGAAAAGAAAAUGAUAUAUGCUUUAAUUCGUAGUACAAAUGGUAUGAAACUGGUGCCUGCUACAGAUAUGAAUUCGUUUUUACAGAAUGAAAUAGGACUAAAUACUAGGGCGAAAUUGGACGUACCUUUUAUGGCUGAAGAUAUGAAAUCCGCAUCGGAGGAUGAUAAUUUUAAUACAUUUGCAACAUACAUUGCUAAAUAUAGAGAAAAGAAAUUUUUGGCUAAUCUAAAAAGUGCAGGUUACGAGGCUACAACAGUUGAAUAUGUGGCUAAUUUUUUCAAACAUCUGAUUCCGUUUUACUCUUGUGCUGAUGCGAUACAUGACUCUGAUACUUCAACACACACAGCUGUUAUGACUUGUAUCUUCGAUUCUUUAGUAUUUUUUCCAGUUUUUGGACUUGGAGCAUCCGCUGGUAUGAAAAUUACUUCGGCCACAAUGAGAUCAACAGCAUUAAGAUUAGGAGCACAUAUGGAGACGUUGACUUUAAAAGAAGCCUUUAAAGCUAUAAUGAAAAUUGGAUUUCGUAUUAUUGCCACUGACAUCAUUGACUCAUUCUCACAAAUAAUCACAAAGGAAUUCAUUCAAAAUUUUGGUAUUACGAUACUUCGUUCUUUGGAUCCGGGAAUUGAGUUUUCGUACAUGUUAACUAAAGCUGGUGUAAAAACGCUUGUGAAGAGCUGGGAGUUUCUCAGAAAGCAAUUUUCGGUUAAUUCCUUUGAACAACUGAAGAGUGUCACUAGUGUUAAAAUCGGAACUUACAAGGGAUAUGAUGUACAUGUGCAGAGCUUUACUGGUAAAGAGGGUUUUGGAUUAAAAACAAUUGAUUAUCAUGAUAGAAUUGUAGAAUUAAGAAGAAUUCGUGGUUAUGCUGAUGAAAUGCCUGUAGUUGUGAUUAAUAACUCAAAAAGAAAUAAUAAAUACAAAAUAAUAGACUUAGAAACUGGGGAGCUUGGUGAAACAGUAUGGGAGGUAAAAGAUCAAAUUUUGGUUGUUGUUGAUAAACCAUUAAGAAAUCAUUUGAAAAUUAUUCAAAGAGAAGGAUUUGGUGGUAAAGGUGCCGUGAGAACUGGACAGAUAAGAAAUAAUGCUUUUAAUGCUGUUGAAUUAAAGAAAACUGAAGCAUUAAAUUUAGUGAAGGCUCCAAAGUUUAAGAAAAUAGUUGAUGACGGAUUAAGUAAUCACGUUUUUUAUUUAGGAUCGAAAUUUAAUGCUAUUAGUUUUGUUCAACAUUGGUUAACGUUUAAGAAAUUUCCAGAGUGGAGUCAUGCUUAUAAAUUAGCGGACCCAGAACUUUAUUCGAAGAUAAGGUUUCAUAUUUUUCUUGAAGAUAUUGAAUUAAAUCAAAUAGAGGCAGUUAAUGGUGUGUUUAAUCAUUAUGGACAGCAAUAUGUGAGAGAUGUGAUUGAAGUUGAUCCAGUAAUAUUAUUUAAGUUCUAUAAACGUAAUAUGCUUUAUGAUUCAAUUUCAUUUAAUGAUCAAUUUGCACUUGGAAAUUAUGUAAUAUCUGGAUAUAAGAGAGUACAUUUAGACGAUUUUGAAGGUAGGCAUAUGAGACGUGCUCUUUAUACAACUGCGGUUAGACAGUUUGAUAAUAACAUUGCAUUUUCUAAAUUUAUUGAUAACUUUUUGUACACUGUGGAUAUAAGACAUAUCAAUGAAAUGACUUCAACACAUAUUGGUAAAAUUAUGGAUAUAAAUCAAUUUAUGGUUCUGUCUCUUAGCAAGAAUGACUUGCUUUCACGCUUUAAUGGUGUAAUUGAUAAUUCUCUAAUAAGAGUUUUGCAUGAAAUAAAACUUGAUCAUCACUGUCUAGCUGUAUUUAUGAUGGAAUAUUUGCCGUUUAGGACUCAUGAUUCCAUUCUUCUACCUGGUGUCAAAUUACGUUUAAAUUCCAUGAAAUUUGAUACAAUUGAAGGAGAAAAUGUAUUUGUGAUAAACUGGAAGAAUGUUGAAUUUGACAAAGCCAAAUGGCUGGCAGAAACAACGAAUAAAAUUAAGCACAUAAUGGAUCAAGAGCAAGCUGCACUACAAGUUGAAAAUGAUAUUCUUAAUUCCUUUGAUACAAGUCUAUUAAGGCGUUGAAUUUUUCGAAAUAUGUUAUGUUGUUU